UUAUCUUCAUCAUCUAUUGUUCACUAACAGAGGCCGUAGGUGGGUCUCAGCAAACGUGUGGGAGUAGACAGUUGACUUCUACAGUAGACAGUGUCGUUCCCUGUAGUAUCUGUCAGGGAGAGAGCCCUCUGCUGGUCAGAUAUGGGAACUGACUGGUGUGACAUGUACAUACAGGGAUGACUGCUCUGUCUGCUAGAUCUGUCUCUGCCUCCCCAUUCACAGCUGACCUGCACAUACGUACGUGUGUGUGUGUUCCCACAGCACUGUUGAGUGGGGUUUAAUGAGACACCUUUACACAGCUGGGUGAGUGUGACUGUUGAAGAAGUGUGUGUGUUUGAAUCCGACUGCUUUAUUCUGUAAUGACGUGUGUCUGAUAGCAGCAUCUCUGUUGAGGGAUCAGAGAGGAGCUCAGUGAUCCAUAGAAUGAUACACAACACACACACACACCGCACGCUAGCUUGGCUGUGGGGAGUGAACAGGCUGCCAGUAAAUGUCAGCUCACUGAACUCAUUACCAAUGACAAGAGGAACAGAAAGAGGUCUGGAGGGAGUGGAGAAGAACAGAAAGAGGUCUGGAGGGAGUGGAGGAGAACAGAAAGAGGUCUGGAGGGAGUGGAGGAGAACAGAAAGAGGUCUGGAGGGAGUGGAGGAGAACAGAAAGAGGUCUGGAGGGAGUGGAGAAGAACAGAAAGAGGUCUGGAGGGAGUGGAGGAGAACAGAAAGAGGUCUGGAGGGAGUGGAGGAGAACAGAAAGAGGUCUGGAGGGAGUGGAGGAGAACAGAAAGAGGUCUGGAGGGAGUGGAGGAGAACAGAAAGAGGUCUGGAGGGAGUGGAGGAGAACAGAAAGAGGUCUGGAGGGAGUGGAAGAGAACAGAACGAGGUCUGGAGGGAGUGGAAGAGAACAGAACGAGGUCUGGAGGGAGUGGAAGAGAACAGAAAGAGGUCUGGAGGGAGUGGAAGAGAACAGAAAGAGGUCUGGAGGGAGUGGAGGAGAACAGAAAGAGGUCUGGAGGAGAACAGAAAGAGGUCUGGAGAAGAACAGAAAGAGGUCUGGAGGGAGUGGAAGAGAACAGAAAGAGGUCUGGAGGGAGUGGAAGAGAACAGAAAGAGGUCUGGAGGGAGUGGAAGAGAACAGAAAGAGGUCUGGAGGGAGUGGAGAAGAACAGAAAGAGGUCUGGAGGGAAUGGAAGAGAACAGAGGAACAGAAAGAGGAGUGGAGGAGAACAGAGGAACAGAAAGAGGAGUGGAGGAGAACAGAGGGAACAGAAAGAGGAGUGGAGGAGAACAGAGGGAACAGAAAGAGGAGUGGAGGAGAACAGAGGGACAGAAAGAGGAGUGGAGGAGAACAGAGGAACAGAAAGAGGAGUGGAGGAGAACAGAGGAACAGAAAGAGGAGUGGAGGAGAACAGAGGAACAGAAAGAGGAGUGGAGGAGAACAGAGGAACAGAAAGAGGAGUGGAGGAGAACAGAGGAACAGAAAGAGGAGUGGAGGAGAACAGUGGACCAGAAAGAGGAAUGGAGGAGAACAGAGGAACAGAAAGAGGAGUGGAGGAGAACAGAGGAACAGAAAGAGGUCUAGAGGGAGUGGAGGAGAACAGGGAACAGAAAGAGGUCGUGGAGGAGAACAGAAAGAGGUCGUGGAGGAGAACAGAAAGAGGUCUGGAGGAGAACAGAGGAACAGAAAGAGGUCUGGAGGGAGUGGAAGAGAACAGAGAGAAUUGGGCUGGUUCAGAAGAAGAGUCACAUCUAGGAGAAAGGAGAUACUUAGUAAUCUAACAUGUGAAACAGGUAGAGGGGUCAGACUUGGAAACACAACCCACA